GCCGUGGAAAGUGAAAGGGCUCUUGUCAACAAUUUUGGCCUUGCAACUCGGAUCUAAAACCUCGUCCUUGGCAUUUUUAAUUUUGAAGCUUGGACUGGUCCAUCUUGUAUCUUCAUCUUUGGCUCACUUGGGUGGUUGUAAGAUAAGGAAAAAGUAGAGCAAUGAACAUGACGAGCCGCCAACUGUUGUUUCUCCUCCUAUCGUUGUCGGGCACCGUGCCCAGCUCCAGUUCCGCCAUCAGCCAACAUGCAACCGAGCAAGAUUUUGUUCACUGCGAAACGCUAUGGAUGGGAGGAUCCACACCGCAAAACAGAGACAACGACAGCAAUGACGAUAUUGCCAAUACACCUGGAAAACUAUGCGUGCAACUCACAAGAAGCAAUCCAAACGCAGAACAACCGCAUCAUCUCACAGUCUUUCACCUCCUCAACGAUAAGCACGGUUACAUCCUCGACGAAAGCUAUCUUUGGGUAGGAAGCGAUCCAUCCAACAUGCCACGGAGUCUGGCGAGCUGGCCGUUUUACUACCAUGUCAACACGACGACACAUGAUACUACUAGUAUCAAAUCAGAUCUCACUGUCAAUAUUCCCCUCGACAAAAACAAUUCUGCACCUCAGUUUUGUCAAGACGGUCAGGACACUACUACAGUCUAUUUGGCAGUGCAUCCGGUCAUACUGCAACAGAGCACCCACAGAAGCCACCAUCAGUAUGGUGUUCCUGAAACAUCAAUUUCGGGACUACCAGUAGUGACAGAACCAAAUACAAGAUCUCUACCCAAACUCCAAGAUCAACCAAACCUGCGAAGAGCUUCGGCCACAACGGGACAAGACGGCGUCUCCAGCAGGCAUCAAGACAGUGGAGUCUGGUGGAUGGAGUUGGAACUCACCGUUCAGGGGUUGUGUAACCAAGAACACGCGUCAUCUUCCUCCGUCUCCCCCCACCAGCCUCGAAUAGUGCAGUUACAACAACGCCAACGUCGACUCGACUGGCAGUCAUCACGACGUAGACUCUCCUCCGGUUGUCAUGGUGGUGCAACGCGCGUUUCCAGAAUUGCCACGCUCGAAGAUACGGCUGCGGACCCCACCAAUCAAGUUCUCACGGAAUCAUUCAUUCAUCAAUUCCACAUUAUCACCACCUUGUCCGCUCAUGUCGCCUACGACACGCAAGUCACUCGAAAAGAAGACUACUACCGAACCAUAUAUGAUCAAUUCUAUGCCUAUAACGACGGCCUCAACGAUGCUGCCAUCGUGGCCAAGGUCGACAACAUCUGUUAUGGUGUAUUCCGAGGAACUGUAGAGUACAAUUACUUUGAUGAAAUGCAAAACUUGCUACCCGGAUACCGAAAGGUGGAUGGCACCGACUGUUAUGUGCGACGCGGUCUCUACGAUGCCUACUUUACCAAUUACGCGACGCAAUUUGAAGACUCCGUAAGAGACUGCGUCAACUCGUGCGACGAUGGAGAUUGCGAGCUGGUCUUUACCGGUGGAUCUCAAGGUGCCGCGGUGGCCGUCGUGGCAUCCAUUCGAUUCUAUCAAGAGUUCGAUCCCACGGUCAUGUCCAUGGGAGUCAUGCGCACAUUUUUGCCCACCAGUCCCUUUGAUGAUCACGCACCAUGUACUCAUGUCAACGAGGAAAAACAUUAUCAUUUCGUCUUGACGGAUGAUGUAUUGAAAGCGUACGACCCCAUCCCCUACGUCUACGCCUUUUGGGCCAAGAAUGUGGGACAUGAGAUCCUGUACGACGGCAACGGAAACUUUAACUACCAAGGUUUGGCGCCCAACUACAUUAUGAGACGUGAACCGGGGAACUACGCCAUUCAUACGAGAUGGAAUUAUGUUGUCAAGUCGCAACGAGCCUACGAAAACGCUUGUCUACCCUACCCAGCGUAUGGUUGGGUGGAUGGACACUGGUGCACCGAUCAUGACAAUUGCAUGCCGACCAGUUACUGUAGUGACAUCGCUGGAAGCACGUGUCAGCCCAAGUUGGAAGUUGGCUCGGACUGUCACAACAGUGAUGCGUGCUUAUCGGGUUCCUGUGUCGACGGCAUCUGCUUUAUGGUCAGCAAGAAACAGCUAUUGACGCCGAUUGGCAACAAAUGCUGGACGAAUGGACAGUGUGGAUCGGGAAGGUGCGAGGGGUUCAUUGGAUUUUCAACCUGUCAGAUGCAACUGGAAUCGGGUGCUUCUUGCAAUGAACAUUCCGACUGUCUCUCGGGUCAUUGUGCGGGCAUGAUCGAUGGCAAGUGCUUGUGAUCAUCAUCGUGAACAAGGGUGUAUGCGAGUUGCCUGCAACCAUACACUUCCAGAAGAGGCGGGGAGGACGAUCAAACUCAUAGAUAGAUACAUAUAGUCUUUGAGUAACAACAAAAGAUCAGAAUCAGCUCUCCUGAUUGUAUCGUGAAACCAGCAGCGGGCAAGCUAAUUCAGGUGUAUAACGAGCUCAUGUAGGCGCUAACUGACACCCAGCAUAUCUAUCUAGCUUGCCAGUACAAUGCAUCUUGAGCUAUUUGGAAAAUAAUGAAAAAUUGAAAGAUGAAUGAAGAUAAUCAAUGUUGGGCACUGCCCUUAACCAUUUUUCUGUCAGUUGUGAGAUUUCUUCUUCGUUCCAAAUACUUUUCCCAUUGAGCUGGUGGAUAACAUGCCAGACUCAACAUCGGCACUGUGAAUCUACGUUUUGGCAGGUCGACUUCCAGGACUUGUUCCCACCUAUCUAAUGUAUUUAUGUUUUCAUUCUGCUAGGGUCGUAGCAAAAUCAUCUUUUCUUAACUGCUGUUGCACUUUGCUGCUGUCUGGAAGUUAGAUUUUGACAGGGUGUUCAUUUGCUGAGAACGACUCUUGGCUGAAAAAAGCCCUGAUGAUUUGAUUUGGAUUGCAAGUACUGAUUCCAUAGCUUCCACUGAGGCCGCCUCACAUAACCCAAUGGUGUACUUCCACGUCUAUCUUUGAUGAAAAGAAGAUCGGGUUCUCUCUCUAGGAUAAAGUCAAUCAAGUCAAAGUUGGGCUCUGCAGUCCAACAAGCAUCGGCCAGAGGCGUUCUACCAAAAUCAUCGCAGAUUCGCAGAGGGACAUGACACUCGUCCACCAGAAACCGAGUCAUUUGGUACAUGCCCUUGCGACAAGCCAAAUGCAAGAGAGAUUCUCCAAAUGCGUUGCUGCACUUGAGGGGACGUCCCUGGCUGUAGAGAGCCCGCAGGGUGCCAUAGUCUUGUUGACGAACGGCAUUUAGCACGGUGUGAUCGUAAGCCUUGAUCUCUUUGGCCGUUGGAGGAUAGAAGAAACCAGCCAACGAUUGACUGUCAAAGGCAUAGUAAGGAACUCCUGCACUCGUCAACGACUGUAGCGUGUCAUCUGGGCGACGCUCUUGGUCGAGAGGUUGUUUGUGCAUUCGCUCCGGUAGCUCGGACAUGAUGCACCGAAUCUUCUUGCGGCUUGUGCAUGUACCGAAAGAAUCACCGGAGGAACUUUCAUCAUCAGAGUCAAAGCGGGGGCGUUUCAUGGUAACACAGCACAUCUUGAUGAGCAAUGGAGAGGGUACCGUACUAGUAUGGGGGAGGCGGGUGGAUCAAAUAAAAGCUUUGGAAAAGUGAGCACUCUGAGCCGAAGCAACAAAAGAACCCUCUCCCCUCUCCAUCACCGAGAUCCAAAAUUCACAAAAUUCCGUUCAGGAUUAUCUCACGUGCCAAGCAGUCAUACUUGAACAGAAAGUGACGGUCCGAUGUGUCCAUACAGGCUUUUGUUCUGUUCCACUGCCCUUCCAGUACCGAGCCGGAAAUUAUUCUACUCAAAGCUCCACAGAAGAGUCCCCAUCGAUCUUCGUGAUCUUGAAUGCACCAUCCGAAUUCGCUGAGGUGGCAGUAUCAGAGUCAUAGUGGUUGAAGAGAAAAAGCAGAAUGGAUCUUCGAGUCUUCGAGUCUGCAUCGAAACCACCAGACUACUGGCCGCUGGAUACUGCUCUAUGGCCCAGGAUUGACAGGGACCUAAGAGGAAGUUGUUCGAGCUACCGUCGCUCGACUUGGACGGAGGCUUCAAGAGCUAACAUUUUAAAAGCCACUACCGCUAUGCUGAAGGCCCAAGCAAAGAGAGCGAACCAAGCAAGCUGCUUCCGCUAUCUAGACUAUUGCUAGCUAGAACUAGUACUCUGAGCAGCUAGGUGGUGGAAAUUCCCCCGUCUCUGUCGCCGUACCUCAACCAAAUUGCAGGCUUCGUUGAAGGCCCGUUCAGGCGCUCGCUACCGGACGCAAAGAAGAAAAGGUGUUCUCUACCGAUAUCGGUAGCUACCGCUGAAGUGACUUUGCAGCUCGUCGUCGAGUUGCUUGUGGCUGACCGAAGCAACGAGAGCUCUACUACUAGCUAGCUAGCAAGCUAGUUAGCACCAGCUUCUUCCAGACCCAGAGCAAAGAUUUCAAGUUCACGCUUUGCAUGGAAGCCUAUUGUGGUGGUUGUAAUAGCGAAACGCACGGAUUCUGCAGUGCUACAGUCUGUACUGUGCCAGAGCGAAAAGAAGGAAGAUGGCCGGAGGCAACAACUCUACAAACAACCUUUGCUUCCAGGACGAUUUGCGGCAAUGUUGGAGCCGGGCAGUGGACUAGCAAAGGCGCAUUUUCCCCCUUAUGGUGGGAUCAAGUCAAGCGGAGUUGGGAGGAUGAUGCAACUCCAAUAAUCUCCCUUUUAGAUCCAGCUGGUCACGUGGGAGCCAGGCUGUGAGAAAGAUCCCCGAAGUUCAUUCCUGCUUUGGAUCUUUUCUCGCGUGGAUUGCCGUGGACUCAAAACACGAGUCGAGGAGGGUACAUGGUA